AUGUCGGUACUGUAUCGUCUGGCUGGGCAGCUGAUCUCAGAUUUGGUGGACAGAAACUACUUCUAUCUAUUUGAUCUCGAGGCGUUCAAGACUGCCAAGGCGCUGAAUAUGGCGAUACCGGGAGGUCCAAAGUUCGAACCCUUGUACCGGGACAUGUAUGAUGAAGAUGAGGACUGGAAUGAGUUCAACGAUAUCAAUAAAAUCAUCAUUCGUAACCAAGUCAGGACUGAAUAUCGUAUUGCCUUUCCUUACCUCUACAACUCCCGCCCUAGAUCGGUGUAUGCUGCUAAGUAUCACGCUCCUCAUUGUUGCUAUGUGAAGCAGGACGACCCCGAUCUGCCACCGUACGUAUAUGAUGCUGUUAUCAACCCUUUACCGAUGCAGAAGGCUGAUGAGGGUGAUGAUGAUAAAAUACUAGAUGAUGCUGAAGAUGAAAAUGAGGGAGA